AUGGCCGCGCCUACCAACCCCCAGCUCCCCUCUCUCGCCAUUCCCAACCCCAACUCAACUACUUACGAAGCUGAUCUCACAGCUGUGGUGUCUUAUGCUCGUUCUCACCCCGCUUCAGUCACCGCUAUGGACACCGUCAAUACUGCUGCUUCCAUGAAGACGUGCGGCGUCUACAGCAAAAUCGCGAACCGCUUUACUACCCCUGCGUACAUGACCGGCAUGACCUGCAGCAACACGGAUGAGAAGGAGCAUAUGGAAUACUUUUACAAUUGGUAUUGCGGGUUCUGUGUUGUCUUCCAUGGUCUUGGUUGUCAGGGCGAUAUUCGCUGGAGUGGUGGACCGAAGUUUCCCCCUAACGAUAGGCACCCUGUCCAUGGUGCUCAGAGUUAUUUCUGCUACUAG